AUGGCGGCCCCCACGGAACGCCUGCCGUGCGCGCUGCGGCCGGCGGUGGGGGCUCUUCGGGCUGCUUCCUCCUUGGCGUUGCUAUGCUGCCUCGUGGGGGUUCGGGGCAGAGAGGUCAUCUGGAAUUCAUUAAACGAUGACCUCUUGCUGCCAUAUCCUCCUUCCCAACAUGGCCCCAACCACCACCAUCGGUAUGUCAGAGACUGUCAACUUCUUGUGCAUGGCAACACGACACACGAAUCCUGGCCCAGCGACAACAGCAGCAUCACCCCUCUGGCCACCACACGGGCAUUUGUUUCAUACUUCCCUCCCAAAGGUCAAAACCAAAGAGAGGUGUACGGGCAUUUCACGGUUGUGAGAGACCCGUUAAGAACAUUCUCUGUGUUGGAACCUGGCGGGCAGGGAGGUUGUUGGAACCACACGAGAGCAACCGUGGAAGAGACUGCCAGACUGGGCAAGUGCCUUGUGGCCCAAAACGGGGGCUACUUUGAUGUGGACACUGGGGAGUGCUUUGGGAACAUCGUGAGCAACGGGCAGCUGGUACAGACCUCCACAGGCCUUCAGAAUGCUCAGUUCGGCAUCCGGCAAGACGGCACACUGGUCUUUGGGUAUCUUUCUGAGGAGGAGGUGUUAGCUAAAGAGAACCCUUUCGUCCAGCUGGUGAGUGGGGUUGUCUGGCUGGUGCGAAAUGGCGAAGUCUAUGUGAACCAGAGCCGAGCACUGGAAUGUAGUAAGACACAGAAGUCGGGACCUUUUGACAUGUUCAUCAACACUGUGUCUGCCAGGACAGCCGUGGGACAUGACAAAGAAGGGCAUUUGGUUUUAAUGCAUGUGGAUGGUCAGACAGACAGGAGGGGUCUCAGCCUCUGGGAAAUGGCCGACCUUCUGAAGCAGCAGGGCAUCGUCAAUGCGAUCAACAUGGACGGCGGAGGGUCAGCCACCCUCGUCUUAAAUGGGACUCUUUCCAGUUACCCCUCAGAUCACUGCCAACCUGACCCCAUGUGGCGCUGCCCACGCCAUAUUACAACUAUCCUGUGUGUCCAUGAGCCGUUGUGCCAGCCUCCGGACUGCAGUGGCCACGGAGACUGCCUGCUCGGGAAAUGCCAGUGCAGUGGUGCUUUCUGGAGGGGACCAGCCUGCAACAUCUUGGACUGCGGGCCUUCCAAUUGUACUCCACAUGGGAUGUGUACAGAGAUGGGUUGCCUGUGUAAUGCUGGAUGGAUAGGUCCUAACUGCAGCAAAGCCUGUGUGAAUGGUUCUUAUGGUGAUGGGUGUGCUCAGAAAUGCCUCUGCCUCAACGGUGGCUUGUGUGACCCAGUGCAAGGACUGUGCACCUGCUUGGCUGGCUACCGAGGAACUCUCUGUGAGGAAGCAUGUCCCCUUGGACGAUACGGACCGAACUGCCAGGAAACUUGUCAGUGCCCAAAUGACUGUCUUUGCGACCCAAAGACUGGCAGCUGCAGUGCAUCUUACAAUUCUUCUGUGCCACCAGAUGAGUUAGCCAAAGCUGCACAGUGUCUGCUGAGAGCCAGUCCUAAGUCAGAGCUUAUUUUCACAGAGAAAACCUGGGUCGGUAUAACGUCAGUCUUGGUUCUUCUGCUCUUGCUCAGUGCUGUGGGAAAUGCCAGAUUCAUCUUCUGCUGGUCCACAGGACGACAGAAACAUAGCAAAUACACUUAUCAGCCACUGGAGGAAGUGAACGGGGAGUCUACCCACACGUACUCCUCUACAGCGUGGAAGAAUGAAGACGAUGCAGCCGACGAGCGGGACCUGGAUCAGCCAGAGACCGUCGAACUUCUCUGAUUGUUGGACUGAAGGAGUAAUUUGUGUUCCUGGGGUUGGCAAGCAUCUUCCAGAAGCCAGUUGCUCUUCUUAUUAGCCUGUCUUGUCUGGAAAAGCCUGCUGCCUGUAGGAGGAUAUUUGUGCUGGGGAAAAAGAGCCCAGCCUUUCUCAGGUGGCUCCAAGACUUGGUGUCUGCUGAGGUGGAAAAUCCAACUAACACCUCCUGCUUGGGGAAAGAACUAACAUUUUGCAGUCUGUUAAGAGUACCUAAAGUCUGUCUUGCUCUGCAUCAUGAAAAUGCUGGUUCAUCGAGUGUUCUUCUGUGCAGACACACAUGGGAACUGCACAUGCGCAAUUCCCAUGUAUACCUGCACAGAUCACUUGAUGAACAACAGUUGCAGGUAGGUGCAGCCCUGUUUUUUGCAGGAUUCUGUUGCUUCUACAGUCGCCAUUGCAGCAAGGUUUGUGGUCAGAAGUUGCUUAGCAGGUAAUCAUGGGUAUAUGAUUGUAGUGUUUGGAGUUUGUACCAGCAAGGUAUGCAGAUAUAGCUCUCCUUUAUUUGCGCCCCAGGACACAGAGUCCCAGCCAGGCAUCCCUCUUGGGGAAAAUUUUCCAGGCUCACCCUUCCCAGGAGCAUGGCUGGUUUGAUUUCUCAAUCAGAUUGUUUGCCACUUGGCAGCAGUUAACAGCUUCUCCAUCUUUCGUUUAUGACCUAAAGCAUACAACAUAAGAAAAAGGAAAACAAGAAGUAAAGAGAUUGGCCACAAACCAGGCUGCCCACAUCGGAUGUCCUUGAUACUGCUUUUGGAUCUUAACUGGGCUUUGUGCUCUCUGUUUCUCCCACCCCUUAGCAGCUCCAUCAGGAUGUAGAGUCCACAUGUGCUUUGCAACAUCUGGCCUGUUAGCAAUCCCAUUUGCAAGUUUGUGGUGUGACCUAAUACCAGAAGGGGAAUCUAGCUCAUUUAGAUUCUAAGCCGCCAUGUGCCAUUGUUUCUAGACCAUCCUUCAAAGCCAUUAGAAGCAGGGUGGUAUGGGCCAAUUCUUAUAGGCUCAAUGCCUUCAAAAUUUCCUAAGGAAUUCUAUUCACAAAUAGUGUGAAGUAGGGAUGUGCACUUUGGGUUCCUGAUUCGGGUUGCUAACCCGAAUCAGGCCCAAUUCAGGUAGAUUUGGUAUUCCCAAAUCACUCCCAACAUUGCUGAGCCAAUUCAGAAAUACUGAAGCAAAGCUUUCCGAAGCAUUUUGGGAUUCGGGUAAUUCUGAAUUGUUUUCCUGCUUCGGGUAAACCUAAAGCAGGAAACCCAAAUCUUUUUGAGUGCACACCCCUAAUAUGAAGCACAAGGUGAGGCAAUUACAGCCUUUUUAAUCCUUGACAUCAGUGUUCACUUUGGAGCCCACAUCAGAAGGUGAGGAUAUAACUCAGCUUAAUUGGAACCACAGGACGCAGCCAAGCAUCCAUCUUGGGAAAACCUCCUGGAGCUGUGCCUUCCCAGGAGCAUACCUAGGCUGAUUGCUCAAGAAAAGCCAGUUUGGUGUAGUGGUUAAGAACGUGGGACUCUAAUCUGGAGAGCCAAGUUUGAUUCCCCACUCCUUCACUUGAAGCCAGCUGGGUGACCUUGGGCUAGUCACGGCUCUCUGGAGCUCUCUCAGCCCCACCCACCUCACAGGGUGUUUUGUUGUGGGGAUAAUAAUGGCAUACUUUGUAAAUGCCUCAGUGGGCAUUAAGUUGUCCUGAAGGGUGGUAUAUAAAUUGAACGUUGUUAUUAUAAAAGCAUCUGCCACUUUGCCAACAAACAGAAAUACAGAUAAUGACAUGCCCUGCCCCUCUCAGUUCCUUAGGGAAACAUUUUUGCUUUGUGCUUUUGAGAAAGCUCCUUCAGUUUUUCAGAAUCCCAAGGAAUUGCACUUCAGUUGGAAGCCUGUUUUCAAAAAAGUCGUGUCCGUGCUGCAGAUGGUGUGAUUUUUUUUGCCUCCCACCAGCGGUUCGCCAAAUCAUACUUGUUUCUCUGGGCAAGGUCAUCUUGUUAAAAUCCAAAUGGAAGGGUGUGUGCAUGCAUGCACUCUCUUCAGUUGCAGGGGGUCACGUUAAGAGCUGCACUUCUAGUACAUUCAGGUAAACCAAGUUCAUCACCACAUACAGAAAACUACCUGCUAAAGUUCAUUGCCACUGACUGCUGCGCAACCACUAACUAGAUUGCCAGCGCUGCCUCAGCAAAUGCUGGGAGAUUUUGACAGCAGUG